AUGAGUGUCCAGUACGUCACUCCUUCGCACUCCAAAUCACCGGGCGAAGUGAGAGAACAUGAGAUCAACGAACUGAUCGCGCUAUUAGAAAAAUGGUGGACCGUGCUCCGAGGCAAGCGCCCGGACACUGAGAUCGAGGAGGAGGAGGCAUCUGAGAGGAGAUCUCCGAUUUUGAAGCCAAUCGAAACUAUCAAUGCAAGCGUC